UCACCAGUACUGAAUACUGUUUCCGCCACGGUAGUGGACGUCCAUUUUGCUCGCUUGCCGUGCGAGCGUCUCUGAUUUAUGAGCCGUUUCUGCACCCGCCUGCUUAUCGAAGCUUGAACAAUGGACGGAGCACCAGGAGGUAGAGGUGGAUUCCGAGGCCGUGGCGGUCCUGGUGGAUUAAUGAGGGGACGUGGCGGUUUUGAGAGAGGAAGAGGUGGCCCUAUGCGAGGCGGUAACAUGAUGCGAGGUGGACGAGGCAAUGGGCCUGGCGGUGGCAUGAGAGGAGGCCCGCCUAUGAGAGGCAGGGGUGGUCCCCCCAGGGGUGGACGUGGUGGACACGGUGGACAUUUUCCUCCAGGACCAGAAGGAAUGUCUAGCGGACCUGGAGGUGGUCCGCCACCCCUAGGAAUGGGUGGUCCUCCGCGAGGCGGCGGGAGGGGUGGCGGAAGUAAUAGCUUCCGCAGCAGAGGCAGAGGCGACUUCAACAGGGGAGAUAACCGCGGAGGUAGCAACAAUUUCCGUGGUCGCGGCAUGGAUAGGGGUAGAGGAGGAUCUAGAGGAGGAUCGAGUAGAGGUGGACCAAGCCGUGGAGGUGGCUUCGGCGAUCGUGGUGGCCGGGGGGCUGGUGGACGUGGUGGCCCGACGAAACGAGGAGGAGGUCCACCUAGCUCCAGUGGACCCUCCAAGAGGCCGCGCUUUGAUCAGCCGUCUUCCCAGUCAUCCAACGGCUAUGCCACUCAACCACCUAACCAAGGCGGUUACGGAGGUUCAAAUAACGCUUACGGCGGCCAACAACAACCUCAACAACAACAGUCGGUAGGAUAUGGUGGCGGUGGCUAUGGCUCGCAGCAAGGCUACACACAGUCUUAUCAGGGUUAUGAGAGCUAUCAGCAGCCCCAGGAUUAUGGGCAAACGGGUUAUCCACCGUCCGCACCAGAUAACAGAUACGGCGGAGCGUCAUCGGUUCCAGCUGCAGGAGGAUUCGGCGCUAACGAUCCCUACAGUUACGGCAAAGCUCCGCCAUCAGCCAAUUACCAGGAGGCAGUGUCAGCUGCGUGGCCGGGGGGCGGGGGCGGUUAUGCCCCUGUCGACCCAUAUGACGACCGAUCUAAUGCCAACAUAAUCAACCGGGGUGGUUACUCGACGCAACCUUACGAUUAUCCGAGUCAGGACGGUGUUUAUGGGAAACAGGACUAUGUAAGGAAAAAUCGGCUCCGAACUGGUCAAAAAAUACAUGGACGAAAGGUGAAGAGCCGGAUCUAAGAAAUCAUAAUAUCCAGGGUUUAGUUAGAGAAAGGUAAAAGUAAAAAGUAGAUAAUAUUAUGAAGAAAAAAAUAUAUACGAUUCCAGUGAAAGUAUAUAAGAUCAUACAUAAGUUUAAAGAUUUUAUUCUAAAGCAUAAAGAGUUUUACAUAUUAAUUUCACAAUAACGUUACUAUUUCAGGAAUAUUUCACCCCUGAGUCAUACCUAAACAUAGCGUUGGAAAUAAUUGACAAGCCCAGAUAUUUAAUAAGUAGCCCGACAUCUUCUUCUUGUAGUUUCUAAAAGUUCAAACACAAUAUUAUUUAGUACAAUUUCGAGUAUUAUAACUUAAAAAAUAUGCUAUAAGUACGAUUAUAGAGCAAUAUGAUAUGAGUACAAUUACAGAAUAAUAUGAUACGAAUACAAUUAUAGAGCUAUAUGAUAUGAGUACAAUUAUAGAGCAAUACCAUAUGAGUACAAUUAUACAGUAAUAAGUACAACUGUAGAGCAUGUGGAUGUAGAGUUUGAGCGAAAGGUACUUAAAGGUAAUAAUGACCAAACUUGACGAAAAUUGAGUUUAUUUCACAGGCGUAGCAACAAGCUGAGAUACUUAGGAAACAAUGAAUGAAAGUCAGAGGGCGAGAGACAGAAAAUAUCGUUCCUCCAGCCGAGAACCAAUGCCAAAUUCGUUAAAGAUUACCCUUCCCCGUUUAAAAGAGAAAAGACAAAUCGAUAAAUAAUAGGUGCAGUCCAGUUUAGCGCUACUCAAAGCAGUUGCGGCGCUGACUGGACCGGCACCUAAAGUGAGUAAAGUUAUUUUCGUUAAUUGCACAAGUAAUCCAGCAAUAAAUAUACAAGCUUGAGAGCAAUAGAAAUUAGCUAGAGUCCUUGAAUUUAAAUCAAUAUAAUUGCUUGAGGUUCAGCUUGUUACAUGAUGUAAAGUGACAAUCUUUCACACUCGGGAAGUAAAUAAAGAAAAGAAAAGUAGUUUGCUAUAAAAAAAUACAGCUUCUUUUGUGCACACGAUUAUUUUUUUUAAUUGCGUAUCUCCUGGAACCGAGUUAAUGGUAAAUCGAAGACGAUUGUCAAUCAAUGAUAAAUAUUAACGACAAGUAUGGUAUUUGAAAAAAUGAGAAAAUGGGAAAGAGAACGAGCAAGAAAAGUAAUGAGACUAAUGCGCGCAAUGCGAAACACUAAAUAUUAAAAACGAAAGUCAAAUGCUCGAGUAUACCUCAACCCAAAAACUCAGGUGAGUAAAUACAAAUAAAUAUCUAUCCAUUCUUUGUGAACAGCUAUCUAUUUCCGGAGAGAGGACAUAUAUAGUUAUGUAUAUAUACAUAUCUAUAUCCGAGUUCAUUAAGAGAACAAUCGAUUAAUUAGUUAACAGAACUUCGAACUACUGCAUUUAUCGAGUGUAAAAGUGAAUUCAGCGGAAUAACAAACGUAGUGGCAAUUAAUUAUAACAAUGGAUCUUUGAAAGAUAUUCUAAUGUCAUCAUAGGCGAUCGAAUUGCUUGCAAAAUAGUCUCCGUUCAAUUGUAACAAACAUAAUUGCGUUUCUUUAUCUUUAUGUCUCUCGUAGAAACAUACAAGAAGUGAGAUCAAAUCACGACGACCGAAAUAAAAGUGCGUAUAUAGAAAGACGAAUGGAAAAGAUUCGUAGAUUCAUACUUUUCACGAGUAUUCGUAAUAACAACCGUUAUUGUUACCAUAAGUUCCCAUAGAUGAAUUAUCUUGCCGUUUUUACACGCACGGCGGGCGUCAGAUCGAGAGAAAUAACUAAAAAGCGCUAAAAUCGUUAGGAAGGCGCUGAACAAAUAUUAAAAGUGUAAUAUACUGAUUCACUCGAUAAUCAAGUAGGCACGAUUUUUGAGUAAAGGAGCAAAAUAUUGCAAACGACACUUCGUAAAAACAUAUAGACAAGAUUAGCUUAAAUCUCUAAGAUGAGUGCGAAAUUGAUUUCAUAGUUUGAUCACUCGGCUCCCGUCUGAUUUACCGAUGUUGCUUUCUGUAGGUUGAUCACAACGGCAGCAAGUAUAGUCGCCGAACUGUGACGCCCAAGAGAUCAUCAUCAACAUGGACUCAUCAAUAGCCGGGCAUAAUCGGUG